AUGUUCAAGCCUGCUGUUCUUCUCAGCCUUCUUCUAGCGGCAGCAACUGCCUCUCCCACCCCCACCGAGGACCUCGUCCCUCGAGCCUGCGGCACCCUGGGCCCAUCCGUCAUCGACGUGCUGAGAGUCUCAACACCCGACAACGCCUCUCCAGGCCAGCAGUUCACCGUCAGCCGCGCCGGGUAUCCCCCCUACAACACGCAAAUCUCCGCCAUAACAUUCAACUACAUCCCCCAAAACGCAACAGGCUGCAUGCUGGAAAUCGACCUCCCAGUCCUAUCUCAACCCAACCAGAUCGCCGAGGGCGCCACCCAGGUCGAUAUCUGGACUACUGACCCCUGGGACUGGUACUCGCUGCCUACGUACAACAAGCCCCCGAAGAGGAGGGAGAUGGUCGGCACGUACAUCUUCCCGACGCAGCCGACGACUGAGGAAUCGAAGAGAAUCAUUGCCUCGAAUACGUGCUCGGAUCCCAUGAGCUUCCUCGUGGAGCUCAGUAACUGGCAGACGCAGAGUGGCAGUGUCAAUUUCUAUAAUACUCUGGGUGGAAAGCAGGGGAUUGUGCCUAUUGGGUUCAGGAUGAUCUUUAACUGUUAA